UUACACCAUAUCAGAGAGAGAGAGAGAGAGAGAGAGAGAGAGAGAGAGAGAGAGAGAGAGAGAGAGAGAUGGGUGCCAAACCUACAGUUACAGCAUACGUGCCCAUGGGAGCUUGGCUUCUACUUGCAUUGAGUGCCAUGUUCGCCUUGCCGGAGCUCGCAUGCGCUAUCCAGACCCGGCACUACAAGUUCGAUAUUCAGUUGCGAAAUGUGACGCGGCUGUGCCAAACAAAGAGUAUUUUAACGGUUAACGGUCAGUUUCCGGGGCCCAGGAUCAUAGCUAGAGAAGGCGAUCGGGUGUUGAUUAAGGUGGUUAAUCAUGUCCAGAGAAAUGUGAGCCUGCAUUGGCACGGAGUUCGGCAGCUACAAACCGGAUGGGCGGAUGGCCCAGCGUACAUAACUCAGUGCCCCAUCCAGACCGGCCAAACGUACGUCUACAAUUUCACCAUCACUGGCCAAAGGGGGACUCUCCUCUGGCACGCGCACAUCUCAUGGCUACGUGCGACCCUCUACGGACCGCUCAUCAUACAUCCUAAGAAAAACGUAUCUUACCCGUUCGCCAAGCCGUACAAGGAAGUCCCAAUCAUAUUCGGGGAAUGGUGGAAUGCAGAUACUGAGAAAGUCGUCAACCAAUCCCUACAGACAGGAGCUGGCCCCAACGUCUCAGAUUCCUACACCAUCAACGGUCUUCCAGGGCCCUUGUACAACUGCUCAGCAAACGAUACAUUCAAGCUUACAGUAAAGGCCGGCAAAACGUAUCUCCUCCGUCUGAUCAAUGCUGCACUCAAUGAUGAGCUCUUCUUCAGCAUUGCCAACCACACGAUCACUGUCGUCGAAGUCGACGCCAUCUAUGUCAAGCCAUUCGAGAUCAACACCAUUCUCAUCACGCCGGGCCAGACCACAAACGUCCUCCUCAAGGCCAAACCACAAUACCCAAACGCUACAUUCCUCAUGGAAGCCCGUCCAUAUGCUACAGGCCAAGGCACCUUCGACAACUCAACAACUGCCGGAAUCCUCGAAUACGAAAGGCCCAAUUCCUCUUCAUCAAACACAAACCCAAGCCCACAGUUAAGGCCCACACUUCCUGCCCUCAACGACACUUCCUUUGCAGCCAACUUCAGUGGAAAAUUACGUAGCUUGGCCAAUUCUCAAUAUCCUGCAAAUGUCCCACGGACCGUUGAUCGACGGUUCCUAUUCACAGUAAGUCUGGGCUCAAAUCCAUGCCCGACGAACCAAACAUGCCAAGGGCCCAACGGUACGAAAUUCUCUGCGGCGGUGAACAACGUCUCGUUCGUACUCCCAACCACGGCCAUCCUUCAGGCCUACUUCUUUGGACAGUCGAACGGGGUCUACACAACUGAUUUCCCAAACAACCCUCCGUUUCCAUUUAAUUACACAGGCACCCCUCCGAAUAACACCAUGGUGAGUAACGGCACAAAAACGGUGACGCUGGCGUUCAACACAAGCGUCGAGCUUGUGAUGCAGGACACCAGCAUUCUUGGAAUCGAGAGCCACCCUCUCCAUCUCCAUGGCUUCAAUUUCUUCGUUGUGGGCCAGGGCUUCGGAAACUAUGAUCCGAAUAAGGACCCGUCCAAAUUCAAUCUCGUGGAUCCAAUUGAGAGAAACACGAUCGGUGUUCCGUCCGGUGGCUGGGUCGCCAUCCGAUUCCUCGCUGAUAACCCAGGUGUAUGGUUCAUGCAUUGCCACUUGGAAGUUCACACUAGCUGGGGGCUGAAGAUGGCGUGGAUCGUGACGGAUGGGAAGCUGCCCAAUCAGAAGCUGCUUCCUCCGCCGUCUGAUCUCCCCAAGUGUUGAUCCCGGCCAUUGAAAUUCCGAAUUCUUAUUCAUAUGAGUUUUAAUUUAUGAUCAUAUAUAUAUUUUUAGCCAUAUAAGAAACCAGGAAUUUUCCCUGUCCGCUUUAAUAAUUGAAGUUUUGUUAUGUUAA